UCAGCUUUCAUCAUGCGUCUCGCAACAAGCUUGUUGUUAAUUCUCUGUUCUGACGGAGUAUACUCCUUUUUCCCCAGCAGACUGUCAAGUGUCGACAUAGGAGAUGGAACAUGGACUCAUGCAGACAUUACAGAGAUGGGGAUUCUGAAGGCUGUAGCCGCCUACUUUGAGGCCAACCCGAGACCCAACAGCACUCUUGCAGCUGGAGAUCUGUCACAGAUGAAGAACAUGACAACGAGGAAACUGUUCCAAGUCUACUACGGAGAAGGAGUGUCAGAAUCACGGUUUCGGGACGCCAUUAACAGCAUCAUCAAAGCCAAUAACCAGGUGAAUCUGGAUCAGUUCCGGACGGCGGCGUGACACUGUAACGGGGAGACAAUCAGGGAAGCAAACCAGAAGAUGACGAAUCUAAGAGAACAGGCCAUCUUCGUUUUGUCACAAAACAAUACCAACUUUGACCUGGCCAGGAUUUUGAUUGGUCAGUUUCUGCACAUUAUGCAAAUGUUCUACAGUAACACAAACUGGGUUGAGUUCAAAGGAGCUGUUCCAUACUACUCCCUCGGAAUACGAGACAAACCUCUCCUCGGUCAAGCACCGCUGGCAAUGGACACCUGUCUAUCAUGUGGUGAAGAGCUAGACAUAAAGUGUGAAGACAAUAUGAUUGUGGAUGGCUUCAUUCUGACAAGUGGUUAUAGAAGCGGACAAGAUGUUACCAAACCUUACAAAGACCCUAGUGUCUACAGAACGGGCAAAUGCAGUCAUGGCGGUCCGAGGGACGAGAGCAGUUCAUCAGUGGCAGCCCUGGGGGGAAUCAACAAAGACUCCACCCUCGUGUCCCUGUCUCCCCACAGUCAUCUCCACCAGGUGGCAGCACAGGCAGCCAUUGAACACACCUCGUACUUCUUUGAUGACGAAGAAUACGGAAUCAGGGGUAUCAUCGGGACCGACAAGUUCAACAAUUUACUUCAGCUGAAAUCUGGAGCCUCGCUUGCAUUCAUCAUAGACUAUUCUGGUUCCAUGAGCAAUGACAUUGCAGGAGUUAAGUCUGUCUCUCGGGGUAUCAUAUCAAGUAAGGUUGGGACCUUGGAGGAACCAGCAAACUUCAUUUUCUCCCUCUUCAAUGACCCGUUGUCAUUGAACAUGAUUUACACGACUUCUGAUGGGGAUGAUGCUCUACGGUAUCUGGACGAGAUCAGGGUCUCUGGUGGCGGCGAUUGCCCAGAAUACGCUAUGACUGGACUCGUAAACGCGCUGGCUGUCUGCAAUUACAACUCCGAACUAUACCACUUCACGGAUGCCUCUGCUAAAGAUGCAAAUUUAGGAGUCACAGUAUUGUCACUGGCUGUCUUGAAACGAGUUGAACUGGAGUUUGUAUUGACCGGUGAUUGUGCUCGGCGGAAGCGCUCGACAGAGGGCGGUGAUAACAGGAACCGCAGGAACAGACGUUCCACGAACGGUGAGGAUUUAUACAGGAGGCUAGCCACAGCUACUGGAGGCUCCAUCUACGUCACAAGCAAGGCAGGCAUCGCCAAGGUCGCUGAGAUUAUAAAGGAAUCAGUUAAAACGUCUUCUGUCACUAUCAUCAAAACAUCUCUACCAGCUUCUGACGAGAACGUCACCUUUCCUGUGGACCAGACCAUUCGCCAAGCUACAGUCAAGAUUAUAGCAUUGGACAGAACGACGCCCAUGUAUAAACUAUAUACACCUGACAAUACAGAGGCUACGUCCAAUGUAACUGUGUAUGAUCUUGGAGAUGGAAUACUUUUGGUCAAGGUUGAGAGCCCAACAACGGGUGUGUGGAGACUAGCCCGCCAGGGUUCCAAUACCUGGGAGGUGGAGGUGACAGGUCAGAGUACCCUGGACGUAUCUACAACCUUUGUGAAGCUGGACCCUAUCUCUGGCUUUGAGUAUGAGAUCAGCGGACGACCUAUAGCAGGUGAAAAUGCCACAGUCAUCCUUGGCAUUCCUUCGUCAGAUGAUGUUGGCAAAGUAGACAAGGUUAUCUUAACUGACACUCAAGGAGUUGAGCUGGCAAGACAUGGCGGAGUGAUACAGGUGGCGUCACGAGCUGAUUCACUGACCUACAGGACCACGUUCUCACUGCCUGUGAAGGCAUUCCAAAUAGCAAUAGAAGGCACUGACAAGGAGGGAAACCAAUUUCUGCGUCUUCGGGCAAGAAGAAUUGUACCUGUCAGCAUCGAUCUGAGACUUCUCACCCUUAAUGGAAGUCUGUACAUCAACGAACAGUUGUCAGUACCAUUCCUGGUUGUCAACAAGGGUGACGCUGGAUCCAAUGUAACUGUCACAAUCAGAGACGAUCAGAACUUUGCAUCGACAAACAUACCACUGGAGUACAUGCUUGAGCCUGGGCAGAGUGCAUCUGGAGACUUUACACUGCAAGCUGGGUCGGUGGCAGGGUUGAUCAGCACUGUGACCGUUUCUGCGUCGGCAACUGCCGCUACUGGGGACGAAUUCCAGUUCGACGUCGUAAUUGUCUCCACAGAAGAGCGUGUGGUCAGGGAAGAAGAUGACACCAUCCCUUUCUGCAACGUCACCUCGGUGACAGGUAGUUGUGACGUCACAAUGCUUGACCCUUGUGUGUGCAGCCAGUACAAGUGGUCAGGGUCUGCUGAAAUCAGAGACGAUGGGUUCGGACUCUACCAAGUGACCGCUUCUAUUAAUGCAACAGGAUCGUUCCGACACGACAAUUUCACCCUUGGUUACAACGGCACCGUAUCAGCUACCAUCACGGGCGACUGUUGUAAAGCACUUGUCUACAUCAUCGCUGUCGACCUCGCCAGCAACACCGGUCAGUGUGUGUUUGAUCUCGCCCCUGGACUGACUAAGCCAUUUCAGUCCUGCAAGCCAACAACUCAGCCCCCCGACGCCUGGUCCAAUGAACUUGUUAUCAUCGUCGCUGCUGUCGGAGGUGCUGGACUCAUCAUCCUUGUGCUUGUCAUCACAGUGGUCAUUGUCGUCAUCAAAGGCAGAGGAAGGAAGAAGACCGCUGGUUGAUUUUAUCACCACAGUCUUUGAGUAACGGGUUUACCGACCUACAAACCUACUGUCUUCAUGUAAAUAUGCUUACAACUUGAUAGACUUCUACGUGACUUCCUCUUUUAAAUCUGGAUUGUUUCCCCUCCGGACAUCCUGGGAAUUUACUUUAAGACCUGUUCACACUUUCUGUUUGUAAUAUUGGUUUUAGAUCUACUUAUGCAGAGAACAUUUGUUCUAUUCUGAUCAUUAUUACAUUCUUAAAGAUUUGUAUGCAGUAUAUAUAUACUUCUUGACGGAUUAAAUUCCUAUCUAUACUGUAA